AUGACACCUGCACCAAGUCGACGCAAGCAUUUGAAGAGCCGGAACGGCUGUAUUCAGUGCAAGAAGCGUAAGAUAAAAUGUGAUGAAAAUGGCAAAGUGCCGUGCGCACAGUGUGUCAAGAGUCGUCAUGACUGCUCUUUUGCUCCACCACAGCCUGUUGUUGAUUCAAACUUCUCACCCGGUGCUUUACUCGACCUCAAACUUUUACACAAUUUCACGACCAAAACAUCGCAGACACUAUCAUCGACUUCUGAUGUCCGUCUGUGCUUCUCAACUAGCUUUGUUGAGCUUGCCAUGCAGCACGAGUUCUUGUUACACUGCAUUUUGGCAAUCUCCGCUUUCCACAUAGUCAGCCAACGAGAACAUGGUGACACCUCUCAACCCCCAAUUGGGGAUCAUCCGAGAGAGGUCUAUCUCCAGGCAGCCUAUAAACACCACGAGAGUGCCUUGAAGAGCUAUCGACAAAGCCUCUCCUCGGUGACUUCAGCCAACUGCCAUGGCAUCUUUGGCUGUUCGGUUCUCCUAUUCAUAACAACCUUUGCUCGGCCGGCAGAAUCCGCACUGUCCCCAGGUCCAUCGAGAGCUACUCAAAUCGAUGUAUGGCUAGGAUUUCACUUAUCAGAGUGGGUUAUUCUGAUUCAAGGUCUACCGUCUAUUGUCGGCUAUAGCGAAUUCCGUGCUGCUCUUUCCAACGGACCGCUCGCUCCGCUGAUGAGCGCAGGGGACCGGGCACGGGCAAACACAGAGACCAGUGAAUCGCCACAUAAGGAAGCCGUUUUGUUAAACCUUCGUCAUCUUUCUGACGGAAUCCAUCACCUCUCUUCUGAUGAGAGAAUAAUUCAAAUCUGUUCAACGGCAAUUGAGACGCUCCAUCAUGUCAUCACGGAGUUGCAUCAUUCCAACGACCAUGCACUGGCAUUCAUUUGGCCAAUCAGAGUACCUUCCGAAUAUUUUGAUCUGCUCAAGGCCAGGAUACCAGAGGCUCUUUCGGUCUUCGCCCACUAUUGUGCCAUUCUUUAUAUCACGAGCUCGACUUGGUGGACCAAGGGCUGGCCUCGACCAAUACUCGAAUCUAUCAAAGAGACAAUCGAUACAAAAUGGAGCCCGUUGCUCCAGUGGCCCAUGGACAUGGUUUUCCGAGGUCCCGAAAGCAUUGGGACUGUGUUAUUACCUGUUCCAGUUUUGCCUGCGCCAACAAUGUAUGGCCCCAGGUCAAUUUAA